GUUUACGUGCACGCCCCUGAGUCCUCUGUAGAACAACUUCAAACGCUUUGACGAUUGACUAGUCAGUAGAUUUCUAAUCAUAUGGGACAAGUCUCUGUCUACUUCCUCUCUUCAGUAUCGUUAUUACUCGUUUCAGCUAGGCCAAAAGCCACUGGAGCUUGAAGCUUUUCGUUGGCGGAUUGUAUGGAUAGAAACUAAAGUCUCUUUCUCUUCAUCCUCUGCAAUCGCAGUUUUGUUUAGUUUUAGGAGCAGCAGGUAUGGACGAAGAGGAUAAGACGAGUAAUGUGAAUAUUAAUUACGAAAGUGAAAGGGAGCGAGAUAUUGAAAACAAUGACAAAGGGAUCGACGAACCACUUUUACUGAAGAGCGCUAAUAGAACCUCCCAAAUUGCUAUUGUUGGUGCCAAUGUUUGCCCCAUUGAGAGUCUUGAUUAUGAGAUUUUCGAAAAUGAAUUACUUAAACAGGACUGGAGAUCCAGGAAGAAAAUUCAGAUAUUUCAGUACGUUCUACUUAAGUGGGCAUUUGCACUUUUUAUAGGCCUAUUUACUGGACUAGUUGGAGUUUUCAACAAUAUUGCUGUAGAGAACAUUGCUGGUUAUAAGUUUUUGCUCACCUUCAAUCUCAUGGAAAAGCACCAAUAUUUCAAGGCAUUUGCCACAUAUGCUGGUAGCAACAUAGCAUUAGCGGUUGCUGCAGCAGCUCUCUGUGCUUUCAUUGCUCCAGCAGCUGCAGGAUCUGGUAUUCCUGAGGUAAAGGCCUAUCUCAAUGGCAUUGAUGCUCACUCAAUACUGGCCCCAGGCACCCUUUUUGUAAAGAUUUUUGGUUCCAUUUUGGGCGUUUCUGCUGGAUUUGUUGUGGGCAAAGAAGGGCCUAUGGUUCACACAGGUGCAUGCAUAGCCUCUUUAUUGGGACAAGGGGGUUCUCGCAAGUACCAUUUGACUUGGAAAUGGUUAAGGUACUUCAAAAAUGAUCGUGACCGACGAGACUUGAUCACCUGUGGAGCUGCUGGUGGUGUAGCUGCUGCUUUUCGUGCUCCAGUUGGUGGUGUUCUCUUUGCCCUUGAGGAAGCUGCUUCUUGGUGGCGGAGUGCUCUUCUUUGGAGGACUUUCUUCACAACUGCAGUAGUCGCUAUAGUUUUGAGAGCCUUUAUAGACUAUUGCUCUAAUGGAAAGUGUGGACUGUUUGGGGAAGGAGGUCUGAUAAUGUAUGAUGUCAGUUCAGCGAAGUUAACAUAUAGAGGCUCAGAUUUAUUAGCAGCGAUACUCCUUGGAGUUAUUGGGGGCAUUUUUGGAAGUCUAUAUAACUAUCUUGUGGAUAAAGUCCUCCGAACUUACAGCAUCAUCAAUGAAAAAGGUGCUACAUUCAAAAUUCUACUUGUUACUACCGUUGCCAUCUUGACAUCAUUUUGUUCUUUUGGGUUACCCUGGUUUGCAAAAUGCCAUCCCUGCCCUACUGAUCUUACUGUAAGUUGUCCCAGCACAGGGGAUUCUGGAACGUACAAAGACUUCAACUGCCCUUCUGGUUACUACAAUGACCUUGCCUCCCUCUUUCUAAACACCAAUGAUGAUGCAAUUCGCGACCUGUUUAGCUCCAGCACUGAGAAAACUUUUCUUAUUUCCACUCUGAUAGCGUUCUUUGCUUAUGUUUAUUUUCUUGGUAUUAUCACUUAUGGGAUUGCUAUCCCUUCAGGGCUCUUCAUCCCUGUCAUACUAGCUGGGGCCUGCUAUGGCCGUCUUGUUGGGAGACUGUUUAAAUCUGUAUCUAAACUUGACACUGGUGUUUUUGCUCUACUUGGAGCAGCUUCCUUCCUCGGUGGAACAAUGAGGAUGACAGUUUCCCUUUGUGUUAUACUACUCGAGCUCACUAAUGACUUAUUAUUGCUUCCGCUUGUUAUGUUGGUUCUCCUUGUCUCAAAAACUGUGGCUGAUAACUUCAAUAAGGGUGUCUAUGACCAAAUAGUGAAAUUGAAAGGAUUGCCUUACAUGGAGGCCCAUGCAGAACCUUACAUGAGACAUUUGUCCGCGCAAGAUGUUCUUUCUGGUCCAUUGGUCACUUUUUCUGGUGUUGAGAAGGUGGGUAAUAUAAUUCGUGCAUUGAGGACUACUGGACACAAUGGGUUCCCUGUGAUUGAUGAACCGCCUUUCUCAGACGCACCUGAACUUUGUGGGGUUGUAUUGCGGUCCCAUUUGCUUGUUUUGCUCAAGGGAAAGACUUUCUCAAGGGAAAGAGUGCUUGCUGGUGAAGAGAUCUUGCAUAGAUUUCAAGCAUUUGAUUUUGCUAAAGCAGGAUCAGGGAAAGGUGUCAAACUCGAGGAUCUAGAUGUUGAAGAGGAGGAGAUGGAAAUGUAUGUUGAUCUGCAUCCUAUUACAAAUACAUCACCAUACACAGUUGUCGAAACUAUGUCUCUUGCCAAAGCUGCAAUUCUCUUUCGACAACUUGGUCUCAGGCAUAUGUGUGUGGUGCCGAAGGGUCAAGGGAGGCCUCCAAUUGUCGGCAUUUUGACCCGACACGACUUCAUGCCGGAGCAUGUCUUAGGAAUCUACCCUCAUAUCAGGCCUCGUAAGUAGAUCUGAGUUAUUCGAACUACGAAUUUGUGGUGAUUAGUUUGGUUGUGUAUACAUGGCUUCACUAUUUGAGGAUGAUCCAGUUACUACUGUUCCUUCUGCUGCAAGUUAAGACUUACCAUUUUAAGAUUAACUUGUCUAGUAUUCGGUGAGCUUUACACAUGACUUGGCUCUACUUUGCACAUGGUUAAUGUCGUUGUUUCAUUCAUAUAUUCAUUAAUACCCUAUAUUCUCAGUAUUAUGUUCGUUAGUUGCCAAAUCUGUUGUU